AUGUCUGAAUUAGAAUAACUUAAUUAGUAAAAGUUAUAGAUUCAAUAAAACUAAGAGAUGCUAUCUAAUUGGAUAUCUUUAAAGAAAAACUUAAGCUCUAAAUUUAAAAGUGCUUAAGAAAUAUUCAAAGCAUUGAAAAAAGAUGGAAAAGGAUCAUUAAGCGUUGAUGAUUUUGAAGAGUACUCAAAAGGAUUAGAUUUGUAAAUCUUUUUCCUUAUUUAAGGUCCUUACUUUUUAAAGAUAUUGACUUAAAUGAAGCUAAUUUUGGAAAAAUAUGGAAAAAUUGGGAAUUCAAGUAAAAAUAAAACGAGCAUAAAUUAUAAAUAUUAAACGAAAAACUGUAAUUGUUAGCCAUUCUGGAGGAUAAUGAAAAAAAUAGAGAAACAAAGACUAAUGUGACAUCAAAUAAUAUUGUUUCAAAAUUAACAAGCGAUUGUGAAACACUGAGUUAAUUAUAAGAAAAAUUAGAUACUCUUGUUGAAGAAGGUUAAAGACAAAAGAGUAAAUAAGAUGAUGAUGCGGUUUAAAAUGAAGAAGAUUAUUUUUCUUUUUAGUUAUCUAAGAAAAACGAAUAAAAGUCAGAAGAACUUUAUGUUAACAGAUUACAAAAAAAAUCAAAUGAGGAUUCUGAAGGAAAUAAAUAAGCUGUUAAUAAAAUAAUUAGAAGCUAUAUAGAAGGUCAAACUCAUCAUUUUAAAAGCAUAACUGAAUUAAACGGUAAUGAACUUCUUUAAAACAGCCUUUCAAAUAAGGGUUAUUUAGCAAAUAGUUCUAAGUCAUAUAAAUUAUCAUACAUAAAUAAACCCAUUAAUUACAUUUCUCCUCCAAAGGAAAUCCAUACUGUUCGUGUUCAAUCUAAAUAAAAUUAAUAAUAAUAAAAAAAAUCACCUUAUGAAGAAAAAUAAUAACAAGAAAGAAAAAGCCAUAAAAUAAGCAGAAUGAAAGGCGAUCUUAAGUCCUAUAUAUCUUAGUUAUUUUUCCACGAAAAAGAAUUUAGAUAAAAUAAUAUCUUAAAUCGUAGGCCUACAUCAGAAGAAUUCAGAGGCUUAUCUGGAUUUAUGAAUUCUAAACAAUGUUCCAAAAAUCAACUACCUUAAUUUAUAGAACUUUAAGAUUCUAAUACAUAAAAGAGAUUUUAAAACAUAAGGUUAGAGUAUUCUUUAUCUUAGACAUAAGCUAGAUGAUUUUUAAAUAUAAAGGCUAUCUUAAAAUACUUAUAUUACAAAAACUUAGCCAAAUUUUAGCCCUGACAAAACUGAUAGAAGUUUAAAUUAAAAUGUUCUAAUAAAUUUGAGCAGCAAAUUAAAUUCUAAAUAUUCGCCUGGAAAUACUCAUAGGCUAAAUUUAGAAUACUUAAAUUAAGAAAGAGUACAUUAAAAACAAAAAAUAUAAGAUAAUUUAAUUGAAUCGGAAGUAUUGGAAUGA